CUGAGGGGUUCCGUGUGCCCAUCGCAUAUACGUGAUACGUGUGACGUCAUCGUUGCGUCAAGCAUGCGCAAAAAAAUCCGGCCGUCUAACAAUACUGUCGCACAUGUUAGAUAGCCUGCACAUGUUACGUUGUCAGGGUAUACUGAAACGCGUUACUUCGCAAUUCAUACCAAUCAACAGAUCUGUGUUGGAGCAGCUUAACACGUUUGCAAAAGUUUUUCAAAAUAUGUACACAAUUGUUGAGAAGGGUGCGCUCAACAGCACAGACUACAGGAUAUUUUUCAAAAAUGAUCUAGGAGUACCAAUCUCGCCCAUGCAUGACAUUCCUCUUUAUGCAGAUGAAAAGAAUAAAAUAAUGAAUAUGAUUGUUGAAAUACCUAGAUGGACAAAUGCUAAAAUGGAGAUCUGUCUGAAAGAAACUUUGAAUCCUAUCAAGCAAGAUGUUAAGAAUGGUAAAUUAAGAUUUGUUGCUAAUUGCUUUCCUCAUCAUGGAUAUAUAUGGAAUUAUGGAGCUUUACCACAGACAUGGGAAAAUCCUGAAGUUUUGGAUGAAGCAACAGGUUGCAAAGGUGACAAUGAUCCUAUUGAUGUUCUCGAAAUAGGUUAUAGGGUUGCAAAGCGAGGUGAAGUAUUAAAAGUAAAAAUUCUUGGAACAGUAGCACUCAUUGACGAAGGUGAGACUGAUUGGAAGAUUAUUGUAAUUGAUGUUAAUGAUCCUUUGGCAAACCAAAUGAAUGAUGUAAAUGAUAUCGAGAAACAUUGUCCAGGUUUACUAAAAGCCACGAUUGAAUGGUUUAAGAUAUAUAAAAUCCCAGAUGGAAAGCCGGAAAAUCAAUUUGCAUUUAAUGGUGAAGCAAAACCACGAGAUUUUGCACUGCACAUUAUUGAUGAAGUGCAUCAACAUUGGCAAAAUUUAGUAAAACAGGAAGCAUCAACUGGAAUAAUAUGUUCUAAUGUAACAGUGGAGGAUAGUCCUUUUAAGAUUACCACAGAAGUUGCUAAAGAGACUUUAGGAAAAGAAUUUGAGUUAGUAGAACCUCAAUCUGUAGAACCGAUAGUCGAUAAAUGGCAUUAUAUACAUCUUAAAUGAAGAUAAGGUGAAAAUGUCUUUAUUUACAUAUAAUCAACUAUAUCGAAUUGGCAUCUAUUUUGUUCAUAUUCAACAUGGAGUUUUGCCCAAUCAUUUUCAAGUUUUAUGACAUUAUAAUAUCGAUAUUUUAUUUAAAUAUAAAUCUCAAAUAGCAUUUAAGUAAUUUGUGAUAUAUGUGCGAUACAAUAACAAAGAUUCAAUUUCU